AUGGAGCGACGAAUAGCAAGAGUUAUGUGUAUUUUAAUAACACUUGCUCUAGUCAACGAGUUGUCAAUAGCUGUCCAAGCAAGAGAUAACAAUAAAAGACGAAGCAAAGAGAAAUCGGGUGGCUUUCAAAAAAAUAUAUGUGAUAUCACAGAUAGAGAUUCAAAAGUUCACUGCUAUUGCGAAAAUACAAGGGAACCAAGGAAUGCGACAAAAGCUGAAUGCUGGGUAUUCAACGGUGGCAUACCCCGUGACGACCUCAUCUGGCAAAGUUUCGCAUCACAGCCAGCUCUGCAAACUUUAUCUUUUAACGUCCGAGUCGAUGGAGCGUUGGGCUACGUGCCCACCAAAGCGCUUCAAUACUUACAAAGACUUAGAUCUAUUAAUAUUAAAUAUGGAAAUAUUGUUGAAAUUAGUUCAUACGCUUUUGCUAAUAUCACAAAUUUAAAGGAAGUAGCACUGUCACAAAAUCAAAUCGAGUCUAUUCAGCAAUAUGCUUUUGCACACCUACCAAAUUUAACAGUUGUAAAUUUAGAGGAGAACAUGAUAUUAGAACUUGUUCGUGAUUCUUUUAUCGAUGUGCCAAAAUUACAAAAAUUAACAUUUACUAAAAAUAAUAUAUCGACCAUAAGCAAUGGAGCGUUUCAACACACUUUUAAUCUUCUGGAAUUGGACUUAAACAGGAAUAAUAUUUUUCACUUAAAUCGUCACACGUUCGAUGGAUUAGCGAACUUAAAGAAAUUAGAUCUAAGAAGGAAUCACAUUUACAAUUUGACUGAAUUUACUUUCGCUGAGCUUUGGAAUUUACAAGAGUUGCUUUUGGGAAAGAAUGAUUUAAAAUAUAUAUCAGAGAGAGCGUUCGAUGGGUUGUCACAACUAAGAAAGUUGUCCUUGGAUGAUAAUAAGCUGGCUUCACUACCCGCCGGCUUGUUUGAGGGUGUGCGAGGGUUAAGCUCCUUAGACUUGCGUUCUAAUGAAUUGCAUGCAUUAACUUUCGACAACAUAAAGCCCAUUUUGGAUAAUCUAAAGCCAACAGGCAGCAAUCUGUUGCUCGAAGAAAACAACUUUGUUUGCGACUGUCGUCUCAAAUGGAUGCAUUCACUCCGUAAUGAAACACAAAGUCAAAAUACAAAGGAUUCCCUAGAGGGUGUUACUUGUAAGAUGGACCCGCCAAUCGUUAGCUCCGCGUAUAAUAAAAUGCCAGAAGAAAGUCUUAAUAUAAACAAGGACAAUUCUCUUACGAACAUAAUAAUAGAGACAGUUAAGAAAACGAAUUCAACAGAAAAGAAAGAUAUGACUAUUGAUAUUAAUGGCAAGAAAGGUGUUAAGAGAAAUGUAUUAAAGAUACCACCGGAAACUCUGCCUUGCCCUGUCGAAACAAAGAAGACAACCCAAUUACCGGCAUUUAUAGCGGAUCCCGUUAUACCGAUUCAAAACGAGAUGAAAACAUUUCGGUUUCACGAGAUGAAUGAAGCUACUAAGAUCUCAUUUGUACACAGCAUUGUUUUAUGGAAUAUUUUCUUUAUCUUCUUCUUCACUUAG